GUCGCAACUCAUUGACGCCUGUGUGUUCCAGGAACUUGGAAGAGCCGUUGCUGCUGCGACUGCAGGUUUGCUGCUUCCGCAAAGCGUCCGCCUGAAGUUCCAUUCUGUCACGUCGAGUGUGUUCGGAAGCCGUUUGUAGGAGUCCGGAGCGAUGGCGACCGUGAGCUUGGUGAGGAAGAUGUACGGAGUCUGUGUCCACGCCGCUCGCCAGGCGGCCACACUCAACUGUCCGAGGCCGCUUCAGCUCCGCCACUUCAGGAUGAGUGCCGCCCGACCGCAGCAGCCGUUCGACUCCUCGCUGGAGAAGCCCCAGUUUCCUGGAGCCUCAGCUGAGUUUGUGGAGGAGCUGGAGUUCAUCCAGCCCAAUGUCAUCUCUGGAAUCCCCAUCUACAGAGUGAUGGACCGUCAGGGAAACAUCAUCAACCCGUCUCAAGACCCUCAGCUCUCCAAGGAGACGGUCCUGAACUUCUACCAGAAGAUGACGAUGCUCAACACCAUGGAUCGGAUCCUGUACGAGUCCCAGAGACAGGGUCGUAUCUCCUUCUACAUGACCAACUACGGGGAGGAGGGGACGCACAUCGGCAGCGCCGCGGCACUGGAGUCCAGUGACUUGGUGUUUGGACAGUACAGAGAAGCAGGUGUGCUAAUGUACCGCGGCUUCCCGCUGGACUCCUUCAUGGCUCAGUGCUAUGCAAACGCCGACGACCUCGGUAAAGGUCGACAGAUGCCCGUUCACUACGGCUCCAAAGACCUGAACUUCGUCACCAUCUCAUCUCCCCUGGCCACGCAGAUCCCUCAAGCGGUGGGCGCGGCCUACGCCUACAAGAGGGAGAACACCAACCGGGCUGUCAUCUGCUACUUUGGCGAGGGAGCGGCCAGCGAGGGUGACGCCCACGCCGGCUUCAACUUCUCCGCCACGCUCGAGUGCCCGCUCAUCUUCUUCUGCCGUAAUAACGGCUACGCCAUCUCCACGCCAACCGAUGAGCAGUACAGAGGCGACGGCAUCGCGGCUCGUGGUCCCGGGUAUGGAAUGCUGUCCAUCCGUGUGGACGGUAACGACGUCUUCGCCGUCUACAACGCCACCAAGGAAGCGCGGCGCAGAGCUGUCACCGAAAACCGGCCCUUCCUCAUCGAGGCCAUGACCUACAGAAUCGGGCACCACAGCACCAGCGAUGACAGCUCUGCCUACCGCUCGGUGGACGAGGUGAACUACUGGGACAAGCAGGACCACCCCAUCUCCCGCCUCAGGCACUACAUGACGGCACGCGGCUGGUGGAGCGAGGACGACGAGAGGAGCUGGAGGAAGCAGUCACGCAAGACGGUGAUGGAGGCCUUUGAGCGCGCGGAGAAGCGUCUGAAGCCCAACCCGGAACUGCUGUUCACCGAUGUGUACCAGGAGAUGACACCUCACCUGAACAAGCAAAGGGAGGGCCUGUGGAGACACGUGCAGCAGUACAAGGAUCAGUACCCCCUCGACCUGUACGACAAACAGUAGUGCAGUGAGGAACCCUGACUUCUUUUUUUUGGACUUGUGAGAAGUUAGCUGGAGCUGUUGGUGUCGGUGCCUUACGCUCACUAGAACCUGCAACAAAUGACGACAUGAAAUCCAUAGCAAUAAUGUCGCUGCUUUUCUGGGUUCUGAAUGUCUCCCCUGAUUGCAAUUCAUCAAACAUAUCCAGAUUUCAGGGGCGUGUCUGUCUGUGUGUGUGUGUGUGUGUGUGUGUGUAUCUUGGAGUGUGUUACAUGGAUUUGUCACUACUGUACACUAGCAUUCUUCAUGUUGCGUGAGGAAUAAAAGGUCAAACUGA